UUAAGCCAUCAGCAACAGUUGCGAUGUCAUUUUUCAAACAGGCACAACAUAAUCAAAGAGCCAGCAAAUAUAUUACAUCCAUGAUCUCAAGCUAAUCUAGUUUCUCUGAAAGACCCUAGCGAUACAGGGUUUGACCUUCUGUCACACUCCCACACCACUCUCGGAAGUACCGCAUCACCUCCAUCCUGGCUCGUCACACCGGCACCUUGUGAGUUAACCCAACUUCUCGGGAGUUAGAACCGGAGAGUAUGUGACAGCUUGGACAGCGGCAGGGGAGGAAAGGAUCGCAAGCAGAGUGCGCUGAACACCUGCCAUCGCUCCAAGUCUAGACUUUUACCGCAGAGCGAAGUCUUCACGGCGCGUCGGCAUACCCUCGCUGUAUUUUUUUUUUCUUCUUUCAUCUGUCAUAAGUUCAAAGCUGUUUUGAUUCUUGGACUCGAAUCAUUUAACUUCCAGGGAAGAGGACAGAGAGAUUGGAAAGCCAUUGCUCUGCGCGUUAAUCUGUUAAAGGCGUCGACGUGUAGACACAGAGAUAUUUGACACAUUUUGGCGUGAAGGACUAAAAUUUGCGUCGAAUUCUUUAAUAUACUGGUAAGGAAUUGCAGUUGUUUUCAAACUGCGCUAAACCUCAAUCACUGCGCAGAGCAAAGGAAUGUGGCGAUAACAUCUUAUCCGACCUGCACCCGCCUAAAAGAGUACCAACGGGUCUCGUUUUGUCAACAGGACUAAAAAGAAAAAGAAAAUAAGCUCUGUGUUGAACUCAUCCAAGUGGAUCAGCGCCAUGGCUGCCCCCGGAUCCCCUCCCGCCCUGAUGCUGCCGCCGCCGCCGCCGCCACCACCGUCACCACUGCCUCUGCUGCCGCUGCUGCUGCUGCUGCUACUGGCUCAGUGUGUGUGUGGAGUCUCCAGCGUCCCCCACUCCAGUGCCCCCAGAGUCCACUUGUCUUUCAAAGAGUUGCAGGACACACGGGCGGCUCGUCCCUUCAGCUUCUCCUUCAACACCAGUGACUACCGGAUCCUGCAUGUGGACCAGGACCAGGGCCGUCUCUACCUGGGCACCCGCGAGUACCUGGUGUCGCUGGACAUGCAAAACGUCAACAAGGAGCCGCUCAUCAUCCACUGGCCAUCCUCCGCCGAGAGGAAAGCAGAAUGCCAGCUCACAGGAAAGGGAAGGCAGGGGGAAUGUGCCAACUUUGUGCGCCUGAUUGAGCCGUGGAACCGCACCCACCUCUACGCCUGUGGGACCGGAGCCUACAGACCCGUCUGCACGUACAUACACAGAGGAUGGAAGGCAGAGGACUACCUCUUCCGGCUGGUCCCAGGGCACGUGGACUCAGGAAAGGGGAGGUGCUCCUAUGACCCCAACCAUCAGGGCGUCUCUGCUGUCAUCAAUGGUAACCUGUACGCAGGAGUGCAUGUGGAUUUCAUGGGAACGGACCCAGCCAUCUUUAGAACCAUGGGGAGCGGACCGGCCAUCCGAACAGAGCAAUAUGACUCCAGAUGGCUCAAUGAACCUGUCUUCACUCAGAUCCACAUGAUCCCGGACAGCGCAGAGCGGAAUGAUGAUAAGCUUUACUUUUUCUUCCGAGAGAAGACUUUGGACUCUGGAGGCGGGGCCAGCCCAAGUGUCUUGGCCCGGGUUGGACGAAUCUGUCUGAAUGAUGAGGGGGGACAGAAGUCUCUGGUGAAUAAGUGGACCACCUUCCUGAAGGCCAGGCUGGUGUGUUCAGUCAUCGGGGAGGACGAGGUGGAGACCUACUUCGAUGAGCUGCGGGACGUCUUCAUCCAGCCCUCUCAGGACGAGAGAAACCCGGUGGUGUACGCCGUGUUCUCCACCGCAGGCUCCGUGUUUAAAGGCUCGGCCGUCUGCGUCUACUCCAUGUCUGACAUCCGAAACGUCUUUAAUGGACCCUUCGCCCACAAGCACGGCCACAACUACCAGUGGACCGCCUACACGGGCAAGAUCCCCUACCCCCGGCCCGGCACCUGUCCUGGUGGAACCUUCACUCCCGGCCUGCGCUCGACGAAGGAGUUCUCAGACGAGGCGGUGAACUUUAUCCGCAGUCACCCCCUCAUGUACCACCCGGUGUACCCCAUCCACAAGCGCCCUCUGGUGGUCAGGACCGGCGUGGACUACCGCUUCACCACCAUCGCCGUGGACCAGGUGGACGCUGUGGACGGAAGAUACGAGGUGCUUUUCCUGGGAACAGACCGGGGGACGGUCCAGAAGGUCAUCGUGCUGCCCAAAGACCCCAGCACCAUGGAGGAGCUCAUCCUGGAGGAAGUGGAAGUUUUCAGGACGCCAGCUCCUGUUAAAACCAUGAAGAUAUCGGCCAAAAGGCAACAGUUGUACGUGUCAUCGGACGCCGGUCUUACCCAGGUGUCUUUGCACCGCUGUGGGGUGUAUGGGAAGGCGUGCUCCGACUGCUGCUUGGCGCGUGACCCCUACUGUGCCUGGGACGGGGAGAGCUGCACCCCCUUUACGCAGGCCACCAAAAGGCGGAGCAGGAGGCAGGAUAUCAGGCACGGUGACCCCCUGCGUCAGUGCAGAGGCUUCAACGCCAAAGUGGAGAAGCGUCUGAAGGAGACGGUGCAGUUCGGCGUGGAGGGCAGCAGCACCUUCCUGGAGUGCCAGCCCCGCACUCCGCAGGCCUCCAUCAAGUGGCUCUUCCAGACCGACGGCAAGAGGAAAGCGCUGAGCCGAGACCGUGAGGUGCUGAAGACUCCCCACGGCAUCCUGCUGAAGUCUCUGGCUCAGGCCGACGCCGGGCUCUACCACUGCCUGGCCACCGAGAACAACUUCAAGCACACCAUCGCCCGCGUGUCCCUGCGGAUCCUGGACCGCCAGAUCGCCGUGGCUCUCACCUCGCCCGACGACGACGACGACGACGACGGUGACGAUGACAACGGGCGCAAGUCACAACAACAGCAGCAGCACCCUGCAGCCCAGCCGUGGCCCAGCGCCCCUCUGCCCUCCCAGCCGGAGGUCAGGCUCAUCCACCAGUACUGCCAGUCGUACUGGGAGCAGAUGGGGGCCCAGCAGCAGCAGCAGCAGCAGCAGCAGCAGCAGCAGCUGCAGAAGAAGAGCAAGCUGAAGAGCCGCAGACACACAGAGAGCCUGGCCUCCAGCGGAGGAUGAGAGGAGGGAGAGGGCUGCCUCUUCGUCGCUCACUUUUUACGUGCCACCAUCCUGCCUCCUGUUGAGUUGUCCGUUAUUUUUGCGUCCUGUCUAAGGCUAAUGGGUCAUGGAGUAUAAAAUCCCUCUCGUCGUCCUUUCAUUCCGUUGAUCGUUCUCUCCAUUCAUCUGCCCAUCUAUCGUCCUUCUCUCACUCCCCCCCUCCUGUGGACUGUAUGAGUGGUUGACUGCUGUUCCUGCCUGCCUGCAGUGACUGUUCCUGAGGAGAACCCGGAUAAACUGUUUCCCACGCUCAUUCUGCUGACAUUACCAUGACGACUAGCUUGACGAAAGGAGUCCGUUUGAAGGUGUUGGCCAACCAUGCCCCGUGUCUCCCCUCACUGCUGUCACUGUGGCAGGACUCUGCGGCAUUGCCUCUUUGCCAGGGCUCUGCCAAACACUGAGGGUUCACCAGUUAACAACGCUUAAUGCAAUGGGGAAUAGGAUCAAGUCGUGAUCUGCUGUAUUGAUGAACCAUAUUUAAAAUUAAAUGCUACCAUCAAUGGAUGUUAAUGUUAAUCCAGGAUCGGGUGAUUUGGUUAUUAUAGUUGCAUCAGUUGCAACGAUUAAUGUAAACGGCUACAUGUUAUUUAGGGAAACAUCACUGUAAAACAAGAUUGUGAUAAUCAUUCGUGCUCUAACAGAUCCAUGCUCACAAAUAUGUUUUGUCAUAGCUAGAGUUCUAUGGGUGACGGUGUGUUUGCGAAUGUUCCAUUCAUUCCAAAUGAGAACGUGUAGAACCUUAGUCCAGUACAGUAGAGCAGAGAGAGACGCAUGGGAACCACGUAGGACUCGGGGGUCCCGGAGGGUGCUCUGAGGGUCCCACUGAUAGAACACUAGACUUGUAUUUCUCUCUGUGAACAGUGAGUGUGACUGAGAAAACACAUGACUGGAAUUAUUGCACCUUAUUGUUAAACUGGGUUUAAUGAGCGACAGUGCUUCCCCCUAAUACCAUUUAGCCCCCUAAUACCGUCAAAGACAAGAUAUAUAGUUGUAAGAAAGAGGAUAUUCCCAUCUAAUAUGUGACGAAAUCAAACAGAUUCAUAUUAUGUCUUUGUGAGAUUAGUGUUUAGAAGAUCUACCCUAUCUGGAUAUGAUACAAUGUAUUUAAGAGAAAGCAUUCUAGAUAAGGAACAGACAAGUGUUAGCCAAUCCUACAGUACUAUCUGACAUUUGAUAAUGUAUAUUUACUUUACGUACCACUUUAACAACACCAAAUCUGCGUAAGGAAAUGUGGUAAAAAUGUAUUUCUGCACAUAAUAACAUAGGACUAUGUUCAUGAUGUUCACCACCCCUCUUCUUGCCAUGUAACACUAAGUAUGAUGGGUAUUUAUUAUGAGGUUGUAUAUAUUUGUUUUUCUUGUGAGAUAAUGUAUGUCCUGUAUAAUGUUCGUUUGCUGCGUGGUGGGGGGCGUUUUGUUUGCAUGAGGUAAAGUUCAACUCUAAUGAUAUUUAUUACAGUGCCAGUGGAAUAGCGGACAGUACACUAGCUGUGUAGAAUUAGGAUACUGACAGCGACUAAUAGACAUCUGUCUCAGUUUGUGUCGGCUGAGGUAGAUACUCUCAAAAUCCUCAAAUGUUACAUAAAGCUCUUUUAAUGAACUGUGGCGUAGCAGCCGAUGAAAUUCAUCGCCCACUCUGUAAAGACUUAAUAUAAUGGUGGCAUUCAGGAGUGGGUUCACUAAAGACAACAGGUGUUACACUGGAGAUGUGGAAAUUGCACAAAAGGGUGUUGGUGACCUGCUCAUAUGUUUUGCGUUAACUGCAUCCAGAUCUUUUGGUUGUACUGAAAUGUCUCCCUCUUGUUUUAUAUUGAAAUCUAUCAUUGUAACUAAAUAUAAUAAAGGAAUGAAAUGUA